UUAAAUUUAGGCUAUAAUACCUCAUAUUGUGCCAUUUUCGCAUUGGAUUUUCCAUUAUUAUCUCCUAAUCUUAUACCUUUCAUCUCUUUCUCUCUCCACAUCUCUUCUCUUUCUUCCAAUAAUACGAUUCACUUUCUCUCAUGAAGAAUCUCAAUCACAGUGUCAGUCCUAAAGGCUGAGAUGCGUUGAAAUCCUUAAGCUUCCGAUUCUCCUUAUUUUCUUUCGUAGAUUGAGGUCUUCGCGAUUUGCUCAGCUCAGCUCAGCUCGUCAAUUCAUCAUCAGAUAUAGAAAAAUCACGAUAUUUUUAUUGUUAAAUCCUACCCAUUUGAAUCAGACAUAGAAAUACAUAGUACAUCGGCAGGAACUAGCAAACAUGGUCACGCACAAGCAGUUAGCAAAUAUUAACAUGGUAUCACUUUUAUUCAAGAGAUGAAAAUUGUAUAUUAAUUAAAAAUGAUAUCAACAUCUACAACUGCCAAUCAUUAUUUGUGACUGAAAAAGAUGAUUCCACAUUAAAAAAAAGGAAAAGUAAGAAAGAAAGAACAAAAAGAUGAUUCUUCAAACAUAAUAGAGUAAAAAAAGAGGUCUGGUUUAAGUUAUUUAGCUUUUGAAAGGAGGCAAAUCUAGACAGAUGGGUUACAGCAGUAAAGGCUAUUUCCUAGGCUAGAAUCUUUGAAGAUGUAGAGAGAAAUGUUGGUUGCAUUUGGGAUCAUGAAACUAGACAUCAGGUUCAACCUACCAUUUGCUUGGUUCUUAGCUCUUGGUAGGCAUUUUUAAUUGAUAUCAAAUUUAGAGAUGAGCCGGUCAACAAAUGAGAGUGAAGAUGGGCAAAUCUCCCACUAUCAGAGUGAUUCUUCAUUAAUUGAUGAAAAUAACGGAGGGAGCACAAGUGGGGGACAUGUUUUAAAGAAAGGGCCAUGGACAGCCAAUGAAGAUGAAAUUUUGAGGACUUAUGUUCAACAGCAUGGGGAGGGUAACUGGAAUGCAGUUCAGAAGCACUCAGGGCUUUCUCGGUGUGGCAAAAGUUGCAGAUUACGAUGGGCAAAUCAUUUGCGGCCAGAUUUGAAGAAAGGUGCAUUUACUAAUGAUGAAGAGGACUUGAUUAUUAAUCUCCAUGCCCAGAUUGGGAACAAGUGGGCAAGGAUGGCUGCACGAUUGCCUGGCCGCACCGAUAAUGAGAUAAAAAAUUAUUGGAAUACGCGCGUUAAGAGACGUCUACGUGCAGGCUUGCCCCUGUAUCCUACUGACCUCUGUCUUCAAGCACGUCAAGAAAAUCAAGGGCAAAAUACUGCUGGAAUUAAUUGUGGGGAUAAAGGGCAGAGUGAUCACAUGAAUGCUAAGAAUCAUAUACCUCCUGUUAUUUUCAAUGGCUUAAAUGGAAACCCUGAUGGCUUGCAAUAUUUUUCAGAACUUCCUACAAUGUCUAUGAAUUCUAUGCCUAUGAAAGGUAUAGUUCACCCUCAAUAUUAUAGUUACAUGACACUUAACCGCAAGAAGCGUCUUCGAGAAACAUCAGAUGAUUUCCCAGAUUCCAGUGGGUGUGUCCAGAAUGGAUAUCCUCUAUUUGACCAGUGUGAAAAUGUUAAUCCUGGCAAAGAUGCUAACCCAUGGCCAACUUUCCAGGAGGAUCUUGAUCCUAAUAAGAUCCUGCUACCUUAUGAUGUAACACAGGGUAGCCAUGCCCUUGCAAAUGGCAACUCUUCUGCUUCCAAUCCCAUUUAUGGGAAUGUGAAGUUGGAGCUCCCUUCACUCCAAUAUACAGAAACUGAUUUAGGUGCCUGGGCCACUUCUGCCCCGCCACCUUUACUUGACUCAGUUGAUAGUUUUAUGCAAUCUCCCCCAUCAGUUAAUGUGUUUGAGCCAGAGUGCUCUACACCACACAAUAGUGGCCUUCUAGAAGAUUUGCUUCACGAAUCGAAGAAUUUGAGCAGUGGAAAGAGACAUUUAUCUGAGAAGAGUCCGAAUUCAUCAAGUAUAACUCCUUGUGAUGUGGUUGAUAAUAACCCUUUAAAUUUUUGUGAAACUGAAUGGGAAGACUACAGGGAAUCCCCUUUUUGUCAUUCUGCUACUUCACUUUUGAAUGAGCCCAUUACUACCAGUGGAAGUUCGCUGGACGAACCACUACCCUUAAACAGCUUUCCCGGGAACACUGUGAAACCAGAACCAUUUGAUGCAGAUUCAGUUGCAGCAAAAGAGAUAGAACCAAUAAGACAAAUUAAUUUCAAUCAUUUCGAUCGCCCUGACUCGUUACCUUUGUCAGAUUGGUUCGAUCAGACCACUGGGUACGUGGACCAGACCUUGGUAAACAAUACCCUUGCAAGUGUUCUAGGUGGUGAAUCGACAAAUGACUACAAGUACAUGGCUGCUAGCACUGCAUCGCUAAGUCAAGACAUGAUGGGCUUUGGUCAUUAUUCGUGGAAUGCCAUGCCAUCUGUGUGUCAAUUGUCUGAGCACCUCUGAUUUGAUAAAUCUCUCACCACUUUCAUUCAUGUUCUUGAUUUGUUUGAUUGAAGUGGUACUUACUCAAUACCUGAAUCGGCAGGAUUGAGCGAGACUUGAUAAACGUGGUUAUUUUGUUCAUUGGUUAUGCUCUUUUUAGUUGCUUUUUUAUAGGCAAAACUAUGGAUAUAUGCAAAGGCAUAACUGGUUAAGUGUUUAGUUGCUUGCAGGAUCUUCAGUGGUUGCGGAAUAACUAUGCUUUUUUGAACAUUGAACCUUGAACUUUCUGAUUGAAGUGACUCUGCUUAUUGGUGAAUUUUAUUUCACUUAAAUUCCUUCA